CAUCCAAUCAUGUAUCUGUUAUCUACAGGUUUGCCUUAAUCAUCUCAUCAGUGAUCAACAGUUUCAGUCUACUUAAGAUCACCUGUGAGCAGCGCUAAGAAUCUUGUUCCUAAAAGAGUCUGCAGCGAUGUUUUUCAACACUUUAAGUGCUCCAGGAUGUCUUGACGGGGUAGUGUGAAGUUGGCGAACGAGGCAGCAUCUGCAACAUCUUCGACAGCUCUGAAAUCACAAAGUGUAUCCAGCUGUUUUCCAAUCUUUGAUCUGGAUCUGUCUUGUGACAGUAGGUUUGCAGAGUCAACACCAUGAGGUUACUCAUAUCAUCAGCAAGAUGUGUGUCAUCCGACAAUCCACGGCUCUUAUACUCUGCAGAUACAGUCACCCCAAAUCUGAGCGCCUGCACACAGGGGAAUGGCUCUAUCAGAGAUCACCGGUCUUUUUGGACCCCGUAUUUAAAGGCCGUGUGGAGUUUACGCCAUCUGUCGGUGAUGACGGGGGAAACUGCUCGCUGCUGCUGAGGGAUGUGAGAGACAGCGAUGCUGGCGUCUUCCAUUUUGCAUUCAGAACUAACGUUUCUGCGCAAAACUGGACGAACUCGAGUGGAAUCAGUCUUGAAGUAACAGGUGCAGAGGUGGAGGUCAUCUCUCCGCCUGACAUUGUGACGGAGGGAGACUUGUUGGUGUUUAUCUGCGGCUCUUGCAUCCCCUCCAUCGUCGUACCCACAUACAUCUGGAGGAAAGAUGGCCGGGUUUUCCGUCAGGACUAUGGAAGCAACCAACUUGAUCUGGACCCUGUCAGACUAGAGGAUGAAGGCCGAUUUUCCUGCACGCUAAGCGGUCACGAAGGACUCAACGCAUCGUCUGUUACCAUCAACGUUAGACCUGGAGAUUCUCCUAAGAACACAUCAGUGUCCAUCAGCUCUUCUGGUGAAAUAGCGGAGGGAGAUUUGGUGACGUCUGUGAAUGUGGUCGCGGUGGGUGUGAUUCUGGCUGUUGUCGUGACCUCUGUCAUUCUGUUGGUUGCCAUGGUGAUGUUCAUCAGAAGAAAAAAGAGGACAUCAGAAGGUCAGAACAGCACGGGACGACAGCAGCACCAUAGAAAGAUCAAGUCUUCUGAUGACACCUACAUGACCCUUGACCCCAAGUCCAUUUGCUCUGAUUACGACACACUGGAUAAUCUGAGGAUAUCCAGGGGAAAUGAGGAACCCUGAGGCUCAGCAUUUAAAGAGAUCAUACAUUUCAAACAGAAGACUGGAUUUUUGUUUUUAGUGAAUAACAAGUGCUUUUAUGGUUGUGGUCUCGUUACAGAAAAAUUGUGUGCGUCUUUAGUUGGGCAUUGAGUAUUGUUCAUGUGUCGUCUACACUAGAAAUAAUUAAUUUUUACGUUUUCUUGAAUUUUUGUGUCAGAGAAACAGGUUUUUAAAGGAAUAUUUUGUCCCCAAAAUAAAAACGGUCAUCUA